UUGGAAAGGAGAACGAGCGGCACUGUUGAUUGUAGAGAAGGAUAAUGAAGAGAAGGGAGUAACUAUCACUGAAACUGUUUUCCUUCCCUCCAAUAAGCUUCCCCUCUGAUAAAUAAUAUAAAAGACCUGAAACAAAAAAUCUCUCACUUAAGUCUAAGAUCACCACUUGCUCUUGUCACAACAGACUGGCAUCUUCAACAAACAAUGACGGAAGAGAAUACAAAUAGCAAGAAUUACAUCGAGGAGCGUGAUGUCACAGUUGAGACACAGGACAAAGAGUUUGGUCUCACAUUUUUCGAUGGGAGCUCACCACCACGAAUAAAGGAGAUUGACAUCCUUUCCUGUUUUGUGGGGAUUCUGCUUGUUGGAGAUGAGAUUUUGCAAAUUAACAAACGGGUGGGUCUCCAUAAAAAUUUAAAAAAAUAUUAA